AUGCAGUCUCUGGCCUGCCAAGACGGCGGCGAGGCCGCGCUGAAGGGCAUCCGCGAGUUCUUCGGAAGCCGAGAGGCUGAGCUGGAGAAAGCACUCGAGGCACAGAAGAUCAGGCAAGAGAAGAUCGUGGCCGAAAUGGAGCGACAAACUGAAGAGAUGCAGCAGAAGAUGGAGGCUCAGCUGGCAGCGGAAGUGCGACAAGGAGAGGAGCUCAGAGAUCGGAUCGAGGCACUUCAGGAGACCUAUACCAGCGUGAGCGACCAGUUGGAGAUGUCGCAGCUCGCCAACGAGAAGCUGCAGGUGGAUCGGGAAGCCUUGCGGAACGACGUGCAACGACUGGAAGAGAUGCUCAAGGAAGAGAAGGAUCUGAAUGAGCAGGAGAGAAAGGCGGCCGAAGAAGAGGCCAAGAAGAAGCAGGAGGAAUUGGCCAAGCUGGAAGAGAAGCAGCGAGAACUUUCGGUCACCGUGAGGGAGCUGGACAAACAGAUGCAGGCGCGGCGGACUGCAGCGAGAGGAGUCCAAGCUGAAGACGGAGCUGGCGGGAGUCGAAGAAGCGCUGACCUCCUCGCGCAAGGAGACGGGACAGGUGCUGUCCGAUCUCAAGGAGUCUCGGAAGGAGAACGCGGCACUCAAGGAGAAGGUUCAAGGCCUGGACCAGAACCUGGUUGA